CCUUCUCAUCCUCCCUUUUGCAUAAGCCCCGUGCCGUCUGUGCCUCAAUCGAACGAAUUCAAGCAAUCAAAGAGAGACCUUCGUCGAAGCAUUAUAUCAGUCACAAUGGCUCCCAACAAGGAAUUCGCCCUCAUCUGCCUGGAGAACCCCCUCCUUGACAUCCAAGCCGUCGGCGACCAGGCCCUGCUCGACAAGUACUCCCUCAAGGCAAACGACGCCGUCCUCGCCGAACCCCACCAGCUCGGCAUCUACGAGGACCUCCUCAACAACUACGACGCCAAGCUCAUCGCCGGCGGCGCCGCCCAGAACACGGCCCGCGGCGCCCAGUACCUCCUGCCCGCCAACAGCGUCGUCUACUUCGGCGGCGUCGGCGACGACAAGUACGCCGCCAUCCUGCGCGACGCCGUCAAGGCCGCCGGCCUCCGCGUCGAGUACCGCGUCGACGACAAGCACCCCACGGGCCGCUGCGGCGUCGUCAUCACCGGCCACAACCGCUCGCUCUGCACCGACCUCGGCGCCGCCAACCACUAUGACCUCGACCACCUGAAGAAGCCCGAGAUCUGGUCCCUCGUGGAGAACGCCGAGGUCUACUACGUCGGAGGCUACCACUUCACCGUCUGCCCUCCCGCCAUCAUGGAGCUCGCCAAGGAGGCCGCCGACAAGAACAAGGUCUUUGUCGUCUCCCUCUCCGCGCCCUUCAUCCCCCAGUUCUUCAAGGACGUCGUCGACGCCAGCGCCCCCUACUGGGACUACAUCAUCGGCAACGAGGCCGAGGCCGCCGCCUACGCCGAGGCUCACAAUCUUCCCUCCAAGGAGCCCAAGGACGUCGUCAAGGUCCUGGCCAACCUGCCCAAGAUCAACACCCAGCGCAAGCGUGUUGCCAUCAUCACCCAGGGCACCGAGCCCACCCUGGUCGCCAUCCAGGGCGAGGACGAGGUCAAGGUCUUCCCUGUCCACCCCUUGGACCCUGCCCUCAUCAACGACACCAACGGCGCCGGUGAUGCCUUUGCUGGUGGCCUGGUUGCCGGUAUUGUCCAGGGCGACUCUCUGGAGACUUCCAUCGACAAGGGCCAGUGGCUGGCUAAGCUGAGCAUCCAGGAGCUGGGUCCUUCAUACCCCUUCCCCAAGCAGACAUACUCGGCCUCCUCUUAAGGUGCCCAAGAUAGCACAUUGCUCUUGUCGUCCAUGCCCUCGGUUGGCACGGAAAGGAAAGGAAAUUGGCGUUGAGGGAAUAAAACGGGAGGAAAAACAGGGUUUCAACAACGGCGUUUUGCAUCAAAUACCUAGGGUAGAGAGCCCAGAAGCAGUGGCUCGCUUUGCAUAGCGAUUCAGUAUCCUCC